AUGAGAAAACUGGCCGAGGGAGAGGAUGUGGAGGUGAAUGUCACCAUCGAAGAAGAAGCUUGUCUCGAGUUGAUGAAUGGAGCUCAAGGUAUUGUAUGUUGCACAGUUGGUUUCUUGUUACUGUCGCCUCCCCUUCUUAGUCAAUUAAAACGUUUUUAGCGUCCAGUCGGUGGAUGAGUGAAAAGUUGUGAGAGACUAGUGCAGUCGUCAGGUCGUGUUAGAAUUCAGCGCAAACCUUGCCCUUUCCCUUGUGAAUUGAUACAUUUGUCAAAAGUUACAAUAAAGUAACAGAGACUUAUAAUUCAUGCUACGGUCUGCUAUGUACUAUGUAGUUUCGUUUGAUAUUCCCCAGCGUAACCAUAAAUUAUAGCUAGAACCAUAAGGCGUAUGAAUUCACGACCAGAGUACAUGCAUUAACUCUUACCCCCUUCUAUAAUGUCUGAAUGAAUUUUUUAUGAGUUAGAUUUUACCCCUAUACGUCUACUUUAGAUUUCUUCUUCUUUCGACUUCUCCCAAUGCUAGUUUUUUUUUUAAUCUCUAAAAUGUUGUUGUAAUAUGAACUUUGGGAAUCUGUGACUAACCACACGCCAUGGAUUUCAUAAAGUAUGAUGUGUGUUAAUUAUAACUGAUAAUGGUAUAUUUUCAACACCUUUGAGAAAUUAACCACAAAAAAAUCCAUAUCUGUUGACACCUCUUUGAUCGCUUUCACCAAACCUGUCUCCUUCAGAUCCUAACACUAAGUAAUGAUUUAGUAUGUUGUCAUGGUCUACGCAAACACUACUUCCUCCUUUUUACCUUCCUCCUUUCUUUUGACUAGCUUGUUUGCCUGUUUUUGUUUUGUAGAAGUUGAACUCUCUGGACGAGAGGAGCGAGCCCGGAGAAACUCUGAUUCAGUUCUGUAUCCUAGCGUCAAGGAGGAACUGCCAAUGUUAAAGAUCAAACGCAUAUAGGCAGCAUUUAAUCAGAGAAUUGCAUUUAUGGAGAAAGAAAUUGAAGAAGUUUCUUAGCGGUAUGUUUACCCAAGCUCUAGCCCUCUAAAAACUGAUUGAUUUUUAAUAAUAUUUGCCCCUUGCCCCCAAGAGCAAACAUUAAUCUUGAAAAUCCAUAAUUGCAAACUCCAUAUUAAUAUGCAGUAUAUUUUUUGAAAGCUGCGGAGGAGCACAUCAAAAACGAUAUAAGUAGCUCUGAAAGAAUUUUCAUUUUGAGCCAUCGAGGUCUAAAAAACAAAGACUAAAAGCGUAAGGAAGAAAUAUUCCGUCUCUAAAUUUCACAGGUGCGCAGCUUAAUGUGAUUUUAGUUUUACGUCUGAUUCGCUGAACAGAUCUUUACUAUACUAUCAUUUCGUCCGUUCAAGGAAAUCUAUGAAAUAAUCAAAACGUUGAGUCGAGUGGAACCCCUCGAGGAUAAAGAGUACUUUCUAUUUUUGGGUUAGUGAGGAAGAUUGGCCCACUGGUAAUGUGUAGGUGAGACAGACGUUAUCCAGGGGAGAUUACUCUAGUGCUUAGGUCUCCCUUGUCCUUUUAGACUCUGUACAAAUGGGAGGAAAAGGGGAGUACGAAACGUGUACACUUACAACGAUGGCUCUUCGCGCACCCCGUCUCAUUUUCCUUUGGACCACAAAUCACCACCCGUCUGGGUGGUGAUGGCUGGCUUUUAAGCUUUUCAGUUAAGCAGCCUUCUUUUAAAACAUGAAGGUCGAUUUGGGAUUUCCUUUAAGUGUCGGCGUAACUAAGGCUUUAUGCAGCACGUUUCACAUGAACGCAAAAUAAAGAUUCUCUCCUCAGUAGUGUUUAGGGGGAAGAGAACUGAGUUGAGCGCGUAACCCAGUUUCUGAUCUGUUUGCGGUCUGUUCAAUACAGUCCUAUCCACAGUUAUCUUAAAUUGUCCUUUUCCAUUUCAUUAGAGGCAGAUAGACUUUUUUUGAAAGAUCUCAGUCAGUUGGUCACAAGUGAAUUGAAUCAAAGGCUCAAGACUGACGCUACUGCAAUGGAAAAAGUCUCCCGUUUUUCCGGUUUAAAAGGUGAUCCAUUCUCUUUCUCUUUCCUUCCCAUUGAACAUUUCUUUCCUGACACUACUUUGAGCGUGUUGAAAGAAUGCUUUGAGGUCUUAAAAUUGAAGGAUCUCGCUGAGAUUCUAGCAAAAGUGAAACAACGUGCACUUUGUCCUGCGCUGUCUUCGGAGCAAGUUGAAAAA